UGCAUUUUCGAUACGAACAUUUGAUGUUUUUCUCCUUAUUUCUUCGAAAAUUGUGAUAAUCGACCAUAAAUUUCGGGAUUUUCAAUCUUUCCAAUAAAGUAUUUUCUUUGUGACAUUUAAAAUAAAUAAAUAAAAACGGUGAAAGCGAUGGAUACGAGUACAGCGAUUUCGAUUCACUUAUCGAAGCGACCAAUUGCCGUGGUAAUGGAACAAUCAAAUGAAAAAACGAAUUUGGUCGCCCUUCAAUUGAUGUGUAUUAUUGAUUAUUAUAUGGAAGAAAGACGUUUAUACGAUCGAAUUGUGAAAACCGAAUGCCCAAAAUUAUUGUUGCAAUUAAUGAAAUUUUUUACGUUUGUUUCGUUCAAAUAUUACGACUAUCGGGCAUCACGUAAAAUCGGUAAUCAAAUAUUGCGCUGCAAAUUUUGUGCAUUGAUUGGACAUUAUACGUGUAUUUUGAGCCACAUGGCGAUUAAUCAUAAUGCACAUAUUGGAUUGAAACAAUGUGCAUAUUGCUAUCGUGAAGAGUUAAAAACCCAUUUCGAUGACUGUACAUUUGAUACAUGCUACGAAACUUAUAUGCGAAAGCAUCAUGUACACAAAAAUGACAAUAUCAUUGAAAUAGUGGCUACGUUUUAUGGUUUAAUCAAAGAAAUUGCCGAAAAACUCAAUCAAUGCACUGUACGAAAUCAUGCAUAUGCUGGAAUUGGUUAUGCGACAAUUGAGAAAAUUGCACAAAAAUACGGUCGAGAUUUUCCAACUGAUUGCAUCAUCUUUCAGCAACGAAAUUACGAGAAACCAAUUAAAAGCGAUUUAUUACAAAAGGAAUUUGUUCGCGUUAUUGGUUUUAUGUAUGGCGGCAAUCGAAUUUCACGUUUAAUUAACAAUGCAGACACCAUCUUUGACACACAUGUUAUUGUUAUAAGUGAUGAUGAAGACGAAUAUGAUACGACUGUACAAAAUGCCGCAUCAACGUCAACGUCUUUCGUUCAGAGAAAUAACAGCAUCAAUGAAAAUGAAAUGGCAUACAAUGCGGCGGAUGAUGUAUUACCAGAAAAUUUGGUAAAACGUGAACCAAUGUCAAGCUGUGGUCUACCAUCGAAUGCAUCAUCGCCCACACCUUCGAUGGGGACAUCAUCGACACGAGUCAGCUGGAUGCCGGAAAAUGAUGCCGAACAUUUUGGAAUAUUUGUUUCCCAACGACUACAAAGACUGCCAGACGACCUGAAGAGACGAAAACUUGAAAUCGUCAUUCAAGAAGCCAUCGUACAAGCUGAAAAAGAUGCUCUAACAUAAAAGAACUCAUUUAUAAAAAUACUUUUUGAUUUAAUAAACAACCAUGUCAUGUUAUCAUUUAAUUGUACAGAAAAAAAAAAUCUUAAUAUCAAUUUUCAAAGAAAGUAUUGUAUUAGCGAAAAAAAGAUUGGGAAAAUCAAUCGCAAAUUGAAUGAAGUUCAAGCAACUUGUCAAUUCGAUUGAAAGAGCAUGAACUGAACCGAAUUUAUAAAGAAUGCCAUAAUAUAAAUUCAAAGUAAUAUUUAA